CAUAUGCCCCGUGGUUACAGCCCCAACGAUUGCGCCUCACUUCAGGCUGAUGAAUUUCCAGCUCUCUUUCCGUCGUUUCCUCACCCUUUUCCCUCUUUCCGUCGAUUCCUUCCCCUUUUCCCUCUUUCAUGUCUCCUCAACCUCGUUCUUGCUAGAAAAAUCCAACCCAAACUGCUACAACGCUUCUCACUACCCGAGUUAUAAUGGAAGUUCUUGGCGCCGUUGCAGGUGCCGUUCAGCUCGCUGAUGUAGCCUUGCGAGUGAGUCGCGAGGCAUAUGGCUUCCUCACGGCGAUCAAAGAUUCCAACAAUGACAUCAAAGCGCUACGAGACGCGUUGCGUGAAGUCGAAGCAAAUGUCCGGAACCUGAGAAACUUUGUCAGCAAGUUCAAGAUGUCGAAGAACGCUGUCGAGGAAUUCGAGGUACUAUCGGAAGCAAUAACUAAUUGCUUCUGUGGUUUUCACGAUGAUAUCUGCGACCUCAUGAGCGUCCUCCCUAAAAAGCCAUCGCCGACCCUCGCAAGAAAGAUCAAAUGGGUCUACGAUCAGCACAAGGUGAAGAACAUCACAAAAAGACUCAACGAUCGAAAGACUAACCUCAACAAUGCCUUGUCCAUUACUGGAAGGUUGCACGACCUUCGUUUGCGCGAAGAUACUACUUCGAUCGAGGAACAACAAAUGCGCUCGAAUGCAGUUCUUUCUGGACUUUCAGGAGCCCUACACGACCAUGCUCGAGAGCAUCAGGACGGCCACCAACAGCUUCUCCAGCAUGCCCACAAAACCAACGCCAGCAUCGAUACUGUUCGAACCGACAUCCAACGAAAGCAUGCUGAGUUACUUCAGAACACACGCCUAACAGGCGAUAGCUUGAACGCUAUGCAGACCUAUGCGCGCGGAUAUCACGAGGCUACUGCAGCUGCUAUAAAGCAGCAAUUUGAGUCAACGUACAGACACAUCAAUACGCUCGAGAACCAGAACUCCCUUCUUUUGGAGAGGACUCAACGAUCUCAUGACACCUUUAAUUCCAUUGGAUCCCAGCUAAAAUCAGAAUCACAACAUGCUCAUUUGUCACUGAGAAACAUUGAAAACGAUCUCAAAGGGCUCCGAUCCACGGCUAUUUUCUCGGCAUCGGAUAUCGACAUGGCAACCAAGAUUCUCGCAAACGAGCUUUUGUCUUCGAUAGUUCCAAUUGUUGAGCAAGCUGUGGUUUAUUCGAAUAUGCAAAACAAGACGGUGCCGACAAAGUUGAAGGGAUCAAUCUACCAGAUUGCGUCCGACGUCGGUCGAAGUACUAUCGCAAAGAAAUGCGACAAUCGUUCUGAGCAACAAGAAGAGAAAAACGUUGUGGUCACAUCGGGACUCAUUGAGGAUAACCGAUGUCAGUAUAGUCGGAUGGUUUCCAUAUAUCAUCGGGUAUGGUGUUAUAACUGGAGUAUUGGCCAUCUCACUGUUGAAGUCACACACACGAAUCGCCGUUGGAACGGCUCGCCGUCUGCUAGUUCUACCGUCACUAUAUGCACUCAUUUCUGGCCCAACCAAGCACUUGCUCAACUUCCUGGUAUAUCUUUCUUGUUCGACACAGGUCCCAAUCGACAAGGGUUCUAUCACUUCGCACCAAUGAUCACGACUUUUCCAAUCAUCUCAUGUGAUCAUCCUGUAAUACGUGUUGUGUAUGACGGCGACCUCACAAAACUUCAAGAAAUGUUAGCAAAAGGAGAAGCCAAUCUCAGAUGUCAGGACGAAGACGGAGAAACACUUUUACAUUAUGCUGCUUUGUACGCUGAACCGAAAAUUUGUAGUUUCUUGGUCUCCUAUGGUCUAUCCUGGACUCAACCAGACAACACAGGAUUUACACCCGCGCAUCUCGCCUGGCAGUGUGCUUUCUGGGCUAAGCCAGCACCAGUUGUAGAUUGUGUUGCGACGUUAGAACUUGUCGGUUUCGACUUUGCAGGCGAAUACAGAGUCUGUCAAUUUCUGGCUCGAGGCCAUUCCAUACACAUCGCAGUAUAA